UCAAAGAGUGAGAGUGAGAGUGAGAGUGAGAGAGAGAAAGAGAGAGAGAGAGAUAGUGAGAAAGAGGGAGGAAAAAAAAUAAUCGCAAUCAUAUGAACGAAUCUAUCUUUCUUUCUCUAUCUUUAGAAUAUAAUCGUCUUCGAGAAUUCGUGAAAAUACGGCUGCCGAAUAAGUUCAUUCGUUAUCUCUUUCGUGUCAUAUUUGGAAUCGUCGAUUUUCAAGUGGUGGUCCGUCCUUUCUCAUUUACGUGAUCUCUCUUUCGUCGCGAUUUUUAACGAGUAUAAUUAACGCAAGAUAAAAGAAGAAGAAGAAGAAGAAGAAGAAGAAGAAGAAGAAGAAGAAGUAGAAGAAGAAGAAGAAGAAAAAGGAGAAAUAGAAGAAGUGAAAGAAGAAGUGAAAAAACAGAAAGAAGAAAAGAGGGGUUUGUGUAACAAAAAAAAAGAAAAAAAGAAAAAAAAAAGAAAAAAGAAAAGAGGGGAAGAGGGCUUUGAUAGACUUCGUUGGAAUCUUUAAAAGUAGAUUCGAUUUGUGUGAUCUCGUUGAGAGGAAGAGAAAAAGAAAGAGAGAGAAAGAGAGAGAGAGACAAACAGAUAGAAAGACAGCGAUAGAUAGAUAGGGAGAUAGAGAGAGAGAGAGAGAGAGAGAGAGAGAGAAAGAGAAAGAGAGAGUGUGUGUGUGCAAGCGGGAAAGAGCCGACUCAGACGACGUAACAGGUACGUGAAAACAACCCUGCUACUACUACUACUACUACUACUACUACUACUCCUACUACUGAAAAAAAAAACAAAAAAAAAAAAAAAACAGAAACAUAGUAACAUUUUCUGCGAUAACCUUAAAGGAGUUACUCGAAGUGGAAUCAUCGAGAUGCGGUGAUGGCUCUACUUUACAGAUUCGUGCAACUGCCAGAUCGCAGCGGCACGCGGGUUUUUUCAUUUGUCGUCACCCGGAGUGUCGUACGCGAUCCAGAAAGAGACGUUACCAGUAAGGAACUUGUUUGUGGCUUCCAAAGAUGGGCAGUAGCCUUUUCACGGGGAGACAAGGUAUUAGGCGUAUAUCUGGUAUGGCGAGGUGCAUCACGAAAUCUUCGGGUUUACGUCGACUUUACGUUCACGUUGUUGAACCGGGAGCACUUCUCGAUGAACGAAGGUUUCUCAGGGAAACGAGUUAAAUUCACGUACGAAUUACCGGCUCAAGGAAACCGCAAUUACAUACCAGUAUCAGACCUCUACACUCGUAACUUUGCUGACACGAAUGGCGAAUUCCAGUUGGAAUUGUCAAUGGCGAACGUACGUACGGUAUACAUGACGGAAGUUAGAAUGCCAACCGGGGUCUUUUCAACGGGUCAGCCAAAAUCAAAUAAACUUGAGACCGAUUGCUUCACAUUUGGUGGUUUUGAUUGGAGCGUCGUUAUCUAUCCUUAUGGGAAUAAAGAAGCAGAGGGUUGUCGAGGUCAAGAGAAUCGCGUGAGCGUUUAUUUAAUGAGACUCACGGGAUUCGAUCAUCGAUGCAGAGUGAGAUACAGCGUGGCAUUGGGCGAAGGAGAUCGUAGAAUCGAUUCUGGCCAUAUAGAAGAUCUCUCGAAUGCUGAAGGUUACGGUUUUGGAUGGCAUCCAAGAGUUAGAUGGUCAGAAAUCGCUCAUAAAGGUGUUCUUCGAGUCUCACUUGAAAUGGUCGAAGCAAGAACGAUCUGCGAGGUAGCUGUGCAAGCUCUUGGUCCACCUGCUUUGUCUCCUACUCCUUGCUACGAUCGUGACAAGCAAGCUUGGGUCGUAAGAGCUGAUCUCCAUUCGGAAACGGUUAGACUCCAUCUGAUUUAUAAAGAUAUCAAUCAUGUACCACGAAAUCAUCUGAGAUACGUAAAUUGGUCGGCUUAUUUAUUAAGAGGCGAAGAACCUGAUACGGUUGCGAUGAGUCUACCAGGUGCACCAUUCAGUCGUUAUUACGCUCAAGAAUCCGCUGAUGAAGGUAUAAUUAUGGAAACGAAUUUGGACACGAAUGAGAUCAAGGACAAUCACAGUCCAUUCCUUACGGACAAGAAGCAAUUAAGGAUCAGAUUGGAAUGGAAUGAGAGCCAUUUGCUCUUUCAAGCGACUUAUCACAAAUACGACGACGUCUGCCGUAUUCACAAUCAACAAAUGAGACGUGAGAUAGCAUCUUUACAAGCUGAAAACUAUAGCCUCGAGAGACAACUCUUUAGCUAUCAGAAGAGUCUUGCUUUUGCACAAGCUCAACAGCAACAACAUCAACAACAACAACAACAACAGCAACAACAUCAGCAUCAACAACAACAACAACAGCAACAACAGGGUCAACCACGGCAUACCAGUCAUCAACCUCAUCUCGAAAGGUCAACAUCCACUGAUACUGAAUACGCCUGACAAGUGGAUCUCGUUAAUGAAACGGCGAGUGGUGGCUGUAGACGUCAGUUGCCGGUCAUUCAAGAAAAUGAUCGCCGGGUUCAUCAGAAUCUUGUACGAAUGAUGGAUCGUCGAUUGAGUAACGUCCAAUUGCAGCAACAUCUCUAUGAAAUUGAACAUCAAUAUCAAUUAAGAAACAACAGCGAAUCGCCAAGGCAGAGCGUCGAUCGUACCGAAGAACAUCGACGUAGUAUCAUUCAACAGCCAAAGAGAUCGAGCAUCGGUCGUUCGGACAGUAUAUCCGAUCGUGGAACCGAUCUUUAUCAAGCUUAUUAUUUGGGUUACGUCGGACAGACAGCUCAUAAGCGACGUAGAACCACUUUGUGGGAAACUUUAACGGGAUUAGUCUGUUCGUUGGGUGCUUUGGCCACUAGAGCUGCAAAAAUGGCCGCUAGACGUGGAGAUCCUCUUUGAAAGAAUCAAUGAAAUAUUUUCGAGUCGUCUAUAGUAUAAUACAUAUGUAUAUGAUAUGAAAACGAUCGAAUAAAACUCUUAUAGAUCUUGAACUAAAGUUCAAGGGUUUGUCUGAAGUGAUCCACGAGAAUUUAUGAUUUUAUGAGAUAAAGAUCGGACGAUCGAAUUGUAUGGAGUUACAUAAUGUGAGUAAAUGUAGUAGAAUUAAAAGUAAAAAAAGAAAAAAAAAGAAAAAGAAAAAAAAAGAGAGGGAAACGCGCAAGCAACUGCAGCAACAAAAGCAGCAGCAGCAGCAGUAGAACAAAGUAAAAGCGCCUCCUCGUGUUUACACGCUACAUAUACACAA